UGCUGCUGAAUCAACGUCCACAACAUCUGAGACCACAACUGUUUCUGCAUCAACCUCUGAAACAACUACUGCUGCUGCAUCAACCUCUGCACCGAUAACGGCUGCCACAUUAACUUCCACAACCUCUGAAACCACAAUGGCUACUGCAUCAACCACUAUAUCAACAACUGCACCAGCUUCUGAACCCACAACUGUUGCAGCAUCCACCUUUGAAACCACAGGUGCUGCCACAUCAACCUCCAUAACCUCUGCAGCCACAACUGCCGCAGCAUCAACAUCCACAAUUCCUGAAUCCUCCACCAGUGCUGCAUCAACCUCUGAAACAACAACUGCUACUGCACCAACAACUGCUACUGCACCAACAACCGCUACUGCACCAACAUCUCCAACCUCAACAUCCACAAUUCCUGAAUCCUCAACUGCUGCUCCAUCAACCUCUGAAACCACUAUGGCUACCACAUCAACCUCUGAAACAACAACUCCUACGUCACCAACAACUGCAACUGCACCAACAACCGCUAUUGCAUCAACCUCUGCAGCCUCAACUGCCCCAGCAUCAACAUCCACAAUUCCUGAAUCCUCCACCAGUGCUGCAUCAACCUCUGUGUCCACAAUUGCUGCCACCUCAAUCUCAGUAACAUCUGCACCCUCUACUGCUGCUGAAUCAACGUCCACAACCCCUGAGACCACAACUGCUGUUGCAUCAACCUCUGCACCGAUAACAGCUGCUGCAUUAACUUUCACAACCUCUGAAACCACAACAGCUACUGCAUCGACCUCUAUAUCAACAACUGCACCAGCUUCUGAACCCACAACUGCUGCGGCAUCCACAUUUGAAACCACAGGUGCUGCCACUCCAACCCCCGUAACCUCUGCAGCCACAACUGCUGCAGCAUCAACAUCCACAAUUCCUGAAUCCUCCACCAGUGCUGCAUCAACCUCUGAAACAACAACUGCUACUGCACCAACAUCUGCAGCCUCUACUGCUGCCACCUCAAUCUCAGCAACAUCUACUCCCUCUACUGCCGCUGAAUCAACGUCAAAAACCUCUGAAGCCACAAUGGCUACUGCAUCUACCACUAUAUCAACAACUGCACCAGCUUCUGAACCCUCAACUGCUGCAGCAUCAACAUCCACAAUUCCUGAAUCCUCAACUGCUGCUCCAUCAACCUCUGAAACAACAACUCCGACUUCACCAACAACUGCUACUGCACCAACAUCUGCAGCCUCAGCUGCUGCCACCUCAAUCUCAGCAACAUCUGCUCCCUCAACUGCUGCUGAAUCAACGUCCACAACCUCUGAGACCACAACUGUUCCUGCAUCAACCUCUAUAUCAACAACUGCACCAGCUUCUGAAGCCACAACUGCUGCGGCAUCAACCUCUGCAGCCUCAACUGCCACAGCAUCAACAUCCACAAUUCCUGAAUCCUCAACUGCUGCUGCAUCAACCUCUGAAACAACAACUCCUACUGCACCAACAUCUGCAGCCUCAGCUGCUGCCACCUCAAUCUCGGCAACAUCUACUUCCUCUACUGCCGCUGAAUCAACAGACCACAACGGCUACUGCAUCAACCUCUAUAUCAACAACUGCACCAGCUUCUGA